CCUGUACCUGUCACCUCAUUGCUGGCUGUUAUUCAGUGCGAGGUUCGGGUAACGGCCAGUUACACUUCCAGUUGAAACGUGCGAAUGCUGUGGACUUGUUCAUGGACAUUGGGGCGACGCAAGAGUUGACGCGCCUGCUAUUGCUUGAGGGCGACCCACCAAGUAAAUCCGAUGAGCGAGUAGUCUGCCCGACCCCCUCGACCCCACCAACCAACAAUGUCGUGUCGGUGGAGUUUGUGACGAGGUUGGCCCAGCGAUUGUCUGCGUCGCAAGACCGCAUUGCCAAAUUGGGGCGCAUCGAAAAAGCCAUCGCCGACUUCCACGGCGAGGUGGUCGCCCUCGUCGGGCACUUGGACUCGUCAUCCGCUGACGACAAGGCGACGGCAGUGGCCCCCCCGUCCAUCACCACAGACGGAGACACGUUAGCGUUGGUCCAUUCGUUGCGAAUGUACAUGCGUAUGCAGCUGGCUUUUCGCGAUGACUACGAAGCCACGCUCAAGGCGUCCCUGAAAACUGUAUCCUCCGCCAAGCACAAGGACGAGUUGAGUGCCAAGGCUCACGUGGCGCAGCUAACACUCGAGCGCGAUGCACUACUUGUGCACAAUCAGACGUUAUCGAAGCAAAUGGACGAAACGGAAGCUAUGAAAGCGCUUGUGACCGUUCAAUCGAUGCAGGCGCUAGAGCAGUCGCGCGCGGCCACAGAACAUGUGCUGCACCAACUGGCCGAUGUGCGCGUGGAACUCAAAACUGCCCUCGACACGGGUCGUUGGCAAGCGGCCCAGCUGGACGACAAAGAACAAGCGAAUGGGUUGCUAACGCAGAAGAUCGAAUCGCUGAUGCGAAACACACAUGGGGGUGGGGGGGACCAACAGUCGAAAGGUCGCGUGGAGGGAGGGGGGGCUGCUGUAGGGGGCAACAUGAAGGGGGUUAGCUCGCUGGACGCCGACAUGCGACAAGCGAACCUCAAGAUUUCGCACUUGGAGGCCGAGAACCACGCAAAUCGCGACCAGAUCAAGGACCUCAAGGCCAAGCUGCAAGGAUACCUCGGCAGCGCCCAUGCUGUGGCAUUUACGCAGGCCCAAAAGGACGCCACGAGGUUCAAGGAGCGCGUAAAAGAUGUCGAGGGGAAAUUAGCGGCGGCGGAGGCAGUCGUGAUGAAAACAAGGGGCCAAUUGGCGGAAAAAGGCACACGCCUCCAAGCGCUGCAGGCGGAAUACGACAAGAUAUUCACGGCGCUGCAACGGGAGAGUGACAAGAAGCAAGCCGCCACGUCCACCCCCGAAUCUGUAUCAGCCGACGAGGCCAGCCGCUUGGCCAACGACAACCAAUAUGUGACGGGGUUUUACCGAACCAAGCUGGAACAUCAAGCCGCGGAAAUCCUCGGCCUUCGCAAACAAAUCAAAAAGAUGCUGACGCUGCAGCACCAAACGUACUUUGAUCAUUCGUUGCACAAGAAGGAGCAUCUCCGCCUGCUCACGCGGUACGCCGAGCUCAAACGAUUGGACGACAAAAACAGCACGAGUCCCAUCAUCGCAUCCCCGACCAACAACCAGAGCAUGCGACAUCGUCACGCAGUGUCUACUCCAUCAUUGCACUCUGGAGAUGGUGAGGCCCGCAAAGUUGACAGGAAGCAACUGGUGCGACGAAAUCAGUUCCUCGAACGGUUUUUCAGGGAGCAUUGCGGGGAUGGCGACGCCCUCGACAACCAUCCCAUGGCUCGGUCGCCACCCCAAUCAAAGUUAAAGCAUAGAGCGACUACUACUAGUACUACUAGUACUCCCAUCAUCCCUACCCCCCCAUCGACCGCACUGCAGUCCGUGGUCACGACCACGACUAUCCCAGUGCCCAUGACUGGGACCCCACCGUUUACACCUCCCCCCCGGCUAAAUACCCCCACGACGAAGCCAAAACCAUCCAAACGGCCAGCGUCGGCGGCGGUGGCAAAACCCAAACAAGUGGGGGACCCAAGACAGUCGUUUGUCGUUGGCGCGUUGGUAGCCAAAGACAUUUAAAACGGAGUACAUAUUCCCCACUCAGACCAAAGAGCACAAUGGAUUUGACUCUG